CUAUAACCAAAACCCCUUCUAAAACCCCACACAUCCCAACUAAAAUCUUAUCUCCUCCAAAUUUUCAACCAUGUCCAUGGCUUCUACCAAAAAUUUAGUCCCUUCUCAUUUUUCUUUCUUGAAUUCAAAUCCCAAAUUCACAUUCCCAAAAACUCAAUCUUUUUCAUUAUACUCAAACCCCUUUUGCAUUACAUGUUCAAAGAAGGUAAAAAGAAGAGGAAAAUUGAGGUACCCAUCUGAGAAAAAGAAGCUAAAACAGCAACAAGAAGCUCAAGUUGAUGUUGAAAACAAAUUUGAAGGGAUUUGGAGGCUCUCAAAGCUUAGUGUUUCAGUUCAUAAAGACCCUGGAAAAGAUUUCUUAGGUGUCUCAGAUGCUUUACUCCAAGAAAUUGCUAAAGUUCUUGAAUUUCCGGUUGCUUCAAUGUUGCCACAGGAGGCAUUUGAAGUUGUUAGAAAAUCUUUUGAUGCUCGCAAGUUGCAAAAGGAACAGAAGUUUGUAUAUACAGUUGAUGUGGAUGUCCACAAACUACUAAAUUUAGAGCCUCGUACUUGGGAAUUCAUCUCUGAAUUGGAACCCAAGGUUGGCUUAAUUGAGCAUUUGCCUCAUGACAGGACUUCUGGUGACAUAAUGAGCAUUGUACAUGCUUGCAGAAAGUCGGGUCAGGAUGCAACUACUUCAGAACACGGAGAUAGAAAUCUCUGCAAUGGAUCACAUAUGAAUGCAAGUUAUAGAAAACCAAAAGUUGCAGUUGUUGGAAGUGGGCCUGCAGGGUUGUUUGCUUCUCUUGUCCUUGCUGAAUUUGGAGCAGAUGUUACACUGAUGGAAAGGGGAGAACCCGUUGAGAAAAGGGGCCGUGACAUUGGUGCUCUGGUUGUUCGACGGAUAUUGCAAGAGGAGAGCAACUUUUGCUUUGGGGAGGGUGGUGCAGGUACUUGGAGCGACGGGAAGCUAGUUACUAGAAUUGGAAGAAACAGCGGUAGUGUUUUAGCAGUUUUGGAAACAUUGGUCCACUUUGGAGCUCCACAGAAAAUUUUGGUUGAUGGAAAACCUCAUCUAGGAACUGAUAAACUGGUUCCACUUCUUCAAAAUUUCCGUCGAUACCUUGAAAAGUUGGGUGUCACCGUCAUGUUUGGAACAAGGGUAGAUGACUUACUUGUCAAAGAUAAGCAUGUGGUGGGUGUUAAAGUUUCUAAUUCAAGAGAUAACAGCUCACACUUCAUGAACCAGCAGUUGGGGUACGAUGCAGUGGUUCUUGCAGUUGGGCAUUCUGCACGCGAUACCUAUCAGAUGCUUCUUUCUCAUGGGGUCAGCCUUGUUGAAAAGGAUUUUGCUGUCGGCCUGCGGGUUGAGCAUCCUCAAGAAUUAAUAAACAGCAUACAGUAUUCUGGAUUGGCCAAUGAAGUUCAAAGUGGACGCGGAAAAGUUCCUGUUGCUGAUUACAAGGUUGUUGAAUAUGUUGAUACAAAUGCUAUUGCUUUGCCUUCAAAUUCUGCACCAAGAAAUCGCAGUUGUUACUCCUUUUGCAUGUGUCCUGGUGGCCAGGUAGUUUUAACAAGUACUGAUCCAUCGGAGCUCUGUAUCAAUGGGAUGUCCUUUUCCCGACGGUCAUCUAAAUGGGCAAAUGCUGCACUUGUUGUUACAGUCUCGUCAAAGGAUUUUGCUGCUUUGGACUUGCACGGACCUCUCGCUGGUGUUGAAUUUCAGAGGAUGUUCGAGCGAAGGGCAGCUGCAAUGGGCGGAGGCAAUUUCGUGGUACCUGUUCAAACAGUGACCGAUUUUCUCGACAACAAAUUGUCAGGGACGUCAGUGCCAUCGUCCAGUUAUAGAUUAGGAGUUAAGGCAACAAAUCUCCAUGAACUAUUCCCUAGUCACAUAACCAGCUCUUUACAACAAUCACUUUUGAAGUUUGACAAAGAGUUACCGGGAUUUAUUUCAAAUAGUGCUCUUCUUCACGGAGUAGAGACAAGAACUAGUUCCCCUGUCCAGAUCUCGCGAAGUGCUGACACUUACGAGUGCACAUCGUUAAAGGGGCUUUACCCUAUCGGAGAAGGAGCAGGCUACGCUGGCGGGAUAGUAAGUGCAGCUGUUGAUGGCAUGUAUAGCGGCUUUGCUUUAGCGAAAAGCUUAGGUCUUUUCAAGGGCAGCAUCGAGUCGAUUUUAGGGAAGGCUCACAGUGCUGGAGUUGCAAAAUAUUGACACAACUAUAUCUAGUUUUGUUUUCACUAUAUUGUGUAAAACAUAUGCCGCGCUCAUUGUUGAUCUAGCAAUUCUUCAUAUAUAGUUCGUCACAAUCAGAGGCGAAUUCAAGAUUCAGAGUAGAUUCUAAACGUAUGUGGUCUAUGUUGUUGUUGAUGUGUGGCCAUUAUAUAAUGAACAAAAAUUAUGUAAUCUAUCUCUACAUUGUCUUGCAACUUGAGAUUAUUUGUCUAUUUAGGGGAAAAGUUUGAAAGAGAUUUUAACGGGA